UGUUCCAGGCUGCAGGUCAAGUUUAACGCAACCACAACUCUAGCAGAUAAUGUUCUUAUUUUAGCACAGGCUGACAUUGGUGCGUUUGUGAUGGCCUUACACUGCAGCAGACUCGGCCGCCUUAUCAUAGGAGCACACGCCGCGACUGAGGCCUGCUCAAGGCGGGCAGUUCGACAGUUGUGUGGGGGAUAUAAAGUGUGUCGAUGGUAUUGUGGUGUCACUUAUGAUGAGAAGAGACUGGAGCAGGUGUGUAUGUCAGACUCUACCUGCACAUCUGCACAGGUCCGAGAGCUUGCGCAUCUAGGUGGUCGUAGGCAAGUCCUGAAAGAUGUCCUGCCAUUCUCAGCAUUCCUGACGGACUCUUUUGGACGUAGGCAUAAUUACCUCCGCAUUUCCCUCACGGAGAAAUGUAACCUCCGCUGUCAGUACUGUAUGCCUGAGGAGGGAGUAAAACUCACCCCUCGCUCUCAGCUCAUAACAACAGAAGAGGUGCUGACGUUAGCCAGACUCUUUGUACAAGAGGGGGUGAACAAGAUACGCCUGACUGGAGGAGAACCCCUCAUUCGGCCAGACGUUCUACAUAUAAUUACGGAACUGAGGAAGUUGGAAGGUCUGAAGACCAUCGCAGUGACCACUAAUGGCAUGAAUUUAGCCCGACUGUUGCCUGGUCUUAAGAAAGCUGGAGUGGAUCUUCUCAACAUCAGCCUGGACUCUCUAGUACCUGCCAAAUUUGAGUUCAUCGUUAGACGCAAAGGCUUUCAUAAAGUGAUGGAAAGUAUUGAGAAGGCCAUAGAAAUGGGCUACAAUCCAGUCAAGGUGAACUGUGUGGUCAUGAGAGGUCUCAACGAAGAUGAGCUCCUGGACUUUGUGGCACUAACAGAAAGGAAAACCUUGGAUGUGAGAUUCAUUGAGUACAUGCCUUUUGAUGGUAACAGAUGGAACUUCAAGAAGAUGGUGAGUUAUCAGGAGAUGUUGGACUGUAUAAAGCAGAAGUGGCCCAAUCUGGAGUCUGUGCCUGGAGAAGAAACAGACACGGCCAAGGCUUUUAGAGUGCCAGGGUUUCAGGGCCAGCUGGGUUUCAUUACCUCAAUGUCAGACCAUUUCUGCGGCUCCUGCAACCGCCUGCGCAUCACAGCCGACGGCAACCUUAAGGUGUGUUUAUUUGGGAACGCGGAGGUGUCUUUGAGGGAUUGCUUACGCUCUGGUGCAUCUGAAGAGGAACUGCUACACAUCAUUGGGGCUGCGGUGGGGAGGAAGAAGAAACAGCAUGCAGGGAUGUUCAAUAUAUCUCAGAUGAAGAACAGGCCGAUGAUCCUCAUUGGUAGAGAUUGCAGGUGGCUGCUGCCAGAGCCUCGGUUUAGCGGCAGUCCGAGGCAGUCUCUUCCUCUAAUGCACCACAUGGAUUCAGCAGCCUCAAGUACUACCCAGUCAUCAAGAAAAUACAGUCAACAGUGGUGUUGCAAUGGCCAUCAAGACUACAAUGCAACGAUAGGUUUGACUCAUUCUUGUAGGAAGGAUAAUCGAUCAAACAUUUACCAGAUCGAUAAUGUUUGCCACAGAGUGAAGCCAAGGGAAGUAGCCUUAGAGUCACUUAACAGUGAUGCAAUGAGAGAUUCUUAUUGUCAAAUUAAUGCUGGUGCUUCAGAAAAACACACAAUUAAAAGCUUUCAUACGCACAUUGCACAAUUGGAAUCACGCCCUGCGAUGUUACAGUCCAAAAUGUUUGUCCCUAACCCCUUCCUUAGUGCACUACCAUGGAAAUUCAAACUCAGAGGCCCAGUUCUGCAGAGUAUGCGGUGUUGCCACAACAAAACCCAUGAAUCUGGUUCUAAAAUUUUGAAAAUGCCAUAUGAAGACCCACAAUCCCCCAGCCAUGAUGGAACAUCCAAUAAGCUGACCCACACUGACGCACAGGGUAAAGCCUCCAUGGUCAGUGUGGGCAGUAAGGCGGUAACUUGUCGCAUGGCCACAGCCUCUGGCAAGGUCCUCUUGGGUCCUAAGGCUUUUAAUUUAGUGCGUGCCAACCAACUCGCCAAGGGUGAUGCCCUAGCGGUAGCACAGCUAGCGGGCAUCAUGGGCGCCAAGCAGACCGCAGCUCUCAUUCCACUUUGCCACCCCCUUCCCCUUGACCACGCCUGUGUUACCAUUGAGCUGCUGGAGGAAGGGCAUACUGCUGUCAUCAAGGCAACCUGCCAAACUACUGGCCGCACAGGAGUGGAGAUGGAAGCCCUGACUGCUGUGACGGUGGCUGCGUUAGCGCUCUAUGAUAUGUGCAAAUCGGUCAGCCGUGAUAUCGUUAUUUCUGACAUCAAGCUGCACAGCAAGAUGGGCGGACAGAGAGGCGACUUCCAGCGCUGACCCGACUCCUAAAGAACGCACAAGCUUCAGGCUAAAUCUCAUUGUUUAUGAAAGUUUGAAUGUAGCUAGGUCAUUCUUCUCUCUAGAGUGACGUCGGCAUUCUGUAAAUGAAGUGUGCCUUUAGCUCACCCAGUUAUUGCCAAUACAUUUUUCCUGUGAGCAAAAUUUCUUGUGAAAUCUGACUGAUUCAGUGAGACUUUUGUCAUUUAUAAGCAUAAACCUAUAGCAUAUAAAGAAUAAUGUAUUUUAGUGCAGUUAUUUUGAUAAUCAAAUCUUGAGAAGCGUUUCAUAGUACAUUGCAGUGAAGGCCUGUAAUUAUGAGCGAAUCGCAACUAUUUAUACCAAGUGUGAUACAAAUUUUUGUCAGGCUCUGAAAAAAUGUUUGCAUACCUGGUCAAAAGUGAAUUGCACUCAUCAUGGUAAUUCAAGUGCUUUAAUGAAAAGUACAACCCAUCUGAUGGUGUGCAAUUGUGAUCUAGAGGCUUUUACUAAUGGCACAAAAUUCUAUAGCAUCCACUCUGUGUGAAAAUGCUUCCUUACUUUGUAAGGAAGUGUUACUGCCAAUAUGUUGUUAUUUUAAAGAAUACAGAUUAUGAUAUCAAAAAGAAAAUCAAAGUGGAAACUUAUAAAGUAGGGCAUCAUUCACAAAGCUCAAGCACAACAAAUAUCUGUGUAAAAUGCGUAAAACCAUUCUUUAAUUCAUUGUUGUAUGAGAAUAGAAAUUAUUUUUGCUCGUUUUAUGAAUGAGGCCCACAGUUGUUGUUUUUAGAGGUUUUUUUUUUUUUUUUCGUCAAGCUGUUUAUACCUUGCAUGAAAUAAAAUACUAACACAAAAUUCCACCACCAAACCAGAAAUUGUAGAAGGAUGCACUAUUACUCAUUUGAAAACCAGAGACUUAAGUCUGAUCUCUAGAUUUUAGAAACAGUUUACUUGAGACUAAAAAUAAGACAGGGAAUAUUUAAAGGAAUAGUUCACCCAAAAAUGUAAAUUCUCUCAUCAUUUACUCACCCUUAUACCAUCCCAGAUGUUUAUGACUUACUUUCUUCAGCAGGACACAAAUGAAGAUUU